AUGGCCGAAGGUAUUGUUCAACCAAGAGGAGAUAUAUGGCUGGAGGUUAUACGGGUUGGGUAUUUUGAUGAACUGUUUAUGAGGUCCUUCUUUGAGUUAUCGUAUUGUCGUCCUUCUAAUGAGACAUAUGCGCAAGCAUACCCUUUGGUUCCGCCACAUUAUCAAACAUUUUAUUAUUUAUCAAAAGAACUUGACAUCAGGUCGUUUUUUGAUUCAUCCAAUAAGUCAUCUGAGACUUCCAGUCAGUUAGAGUCAUCCAGUAACACGGGAUCAGGUUUUGUGAUGCAUGAUCUGAUCCAUGAUUUGGCAAAAUUUGUUUCGGGUGGAAUACAUUGUAAUAGAGAGUCUGAUAAGCCAUCUGAUGUUCUUACAACCACCCGUCACUUGUCCUACCAUUUAAGGAAUGGUAAUAUUGAGAUUUUUGUCCACCAUGCAAUUCCAAUUCUUGUGAGUGCUACUUCUUACAAAUUGUCACAACUUCUUACAAAGUUGCCUCAAGAUAUGAGUAAACUUGUGAACCUUCGACAUCCCCCUGGGCCAUGGGAUUCCUAUGAAAUGCCAUUAGGAGUGGGUAACUUAACUGGCCUUCAAACGUUGAGCAUAUUUUUUGUGGGUCAAAAAAAUAUUUGCGAUUUGAGAAACUUGUCCCAACUCCAUGGGACUCUAGAGAUUUCAAAUUUGGAAAAUAUAGGCAGUAAUGGGACAGAAGCCAUGGCAGCCAAUUUAAACAACAAGCCACAUCUUCUUGGGCUACGGUUGCGUUGGAGUCAUUAUGAAAGCGAUAAUAGUUUUCCUGAUUUGGGGAGAGAUGAAAAAAUGGAGGAGGAUGUGCUUGACCAACUACAACCUCAUACAAAUCCUGAAGCUCUAUUGAUUGAAAACUAUGGUGGUAUGAAAUUCCCAAGCUGGAUAAAGGAUCCUUCCUUCUCUAAUUUAGAGACUGUGAGUCUCAUUGAUUGUCGCAAAUGCAGGUUUCUGCCUCAUCUUAUGCAAUUGCCCUUGCUCAAACACCAAGUAAUCUAUGGCUGCAGUGCUAUAAAAAUUGUGGGAAGUGACAUAUAUGGCUUAUCAUCAGCUAAUAAGGAAUUUCUAUCAUUGGAGAUACUACGUUUUGAAAAGAUGGAAGAGUGGGAGGAAUGGCCCAAAGUAGAAGAAAAUGAAGGAAAAGAAUAUAAAGAACAAUUCCCUUGUCUUCCUCAGUUGGUUAUAAUAAAUUGUCCCAAGCUAAGGAUGUUCUCUGAUCAUUGCUUUCCUAACUUGGUGGAACUGGUAGUUGCAACAUGUGAUGUCCUAAGAGAACUACCAAGGUUUUUUCCUUUAUUACAAGAGCUGCGUAUCAGAGAAUGUCCAAAAUUGGUGGUACUUCCAUUUCUUCAAAAAAUUGAGAGCUUGCAUUUGGAGGACUGUGAUCAGAUAACAACAUUGUCAUCAUCAUCACAAUCAUCAUCAUCAUCAUCAGCUCGACGUGUACAUGACUCAUUCUUCUCCCUCCUUCAGCUAGAAACAGGGUUACCCAUUACGCUUCAAGAAUUGAAGAUCGUCAAUUGCAUGAAUCUGCAAUCCCUGCCCAUGGGACUAUUCGACAACCUCACGUCCGUUCAAGUAUUAGAACUCCGUGGAUAUCGAAACCUAAAGUCCCUACCAGAGGGACUACACAAACUCACAUCACUCCAAAGAUUAAAAAUCACAGAGUGCCCUGCUUUUGAAUCCUUUCCAGAUAUGGGGUUGCCGAUUGCGCUUCGGUAUCUAUCGAUUUCAAAUUGUGGGAAGUUGAAUACCUUGCCCAAGGGGCUGCACAAACUCACAAAUCUUUACCUGGAAAUUUUGGAAUGCUCUUUUCUUAUGGAUUGCAAGAAUCAAGCACCCCUCCUUUAUUGGGGGCUUCGUGAUCUCACCUCUCUUUCAUCUCUUGCCAUUGGUGGAUGUCCUGCUCUCGUGUCCAUUCCAAAGGGUCUGCUUCACACCAAUCUUGCAGAUCUUUGCAUCAAGAACUGCCCAAUUCUUGAAUCCUUACAUGAUGGACUCUGUGACCUAACUUCUCUUAAACGUUUGGAGACCCAGAAUUGUCCAAUGCUGACACAACGGUACCAAAAGAAGGAAGGAGAAGAGUGGUCCAAAAUUGCCAAAAUCCCAGAGGAGAAUGACAAAAGAGCAUGCAUGCAUGAUGCAACUGACAUGCAGUACAGAUUAUGA